UUGUUUUUGAACACGAAAAAACAAAAACCCUAAACACACACCUUUUCGACAUCCACCACCACCACCUCUUCAUAUCUCUGUCUCUCUUCUUCUUGGUCGUACCUGAACUUGUGGACUGACAAUGGCGGAAACGGAAUCAGCGGAGAUCAACUGCGUGUAUGUAGAUACGAACCUAGACACCCAUCUCAUGCUUCCCGUUGACAACAAUGAAACCGUCUCCGAUUUCAAAGAGAAACUAUGCAAGGAGCAUCUUCACUGUUUCCCAAAAAUUGGAGAAAUCAAUGUCUAUGCGGUUAAGGUUGAACAUCAGAAUAAAAGGGGUCUCCUUUUAGAUUAUCACUUGCCGGAUUUUAUGUGUUUGAGUUUGGCCUUCGAGGGUCUCAGUAGCAACUGCUGGUUUCUUUCUGUCGAUGCCGCCGCCGUGUCUGUACUUGACAAGGCUGAGCUAAUGGAUGAUGCUGAUGACAAGUGUUCAGACCAUGAGCUGCUUGAGAAGAAGAACAAGCAGAUUGCGACUGAUUCUCUACCUUUACUUGGAUAUACUACGCCUGAACGAGAUUUGGUAACUCAAGUAGCUGAGAAGACAACAAAGAAGAGGAAGCUGAGAAGUCCGGAUGGUGGAAAAGUGGGAAGAAACCUUCCAAUCAUGAUCAGUUGCUGGAGAAGAACAAGGAGAUUGCAACUGAUUCUCCUUUUAGAUGGGUAUAACAAGAACCAGACUCCUGAAGAAGAUUUGGAAACUCCAGUAGUUGAGAAGACGCGUAAGAAGAGGAAGCUGAAAGCUUUUGAUGGAGAAACAAGUCUCAAGAAACCUUCGGUUGAUGUCAGUCAAUCUGCUGCUGCUGCUACAACUGUUUCAAGAUUUGAUGUUGAUGGGAGUCAUGACUUAGGUGGAAAUGUUGGUUCUGAAUCUUCACCCAGAGAAAAACUAGAUGAUGUUGCAACAGGAAAAGAGAUUGAGAUGGGGGAUAAAUCUGUCCAAGAAGAUUUGGAAGGAGAUAAAAUAGAGAACAAUGAUCUGGUGAGCCACCCAGCAAAUCUUUUGGACACUGACAGUGGGUUGACAACCAAACCAGAUACAGAGAUGAAGAAAAAAAGGCGAAAGAAGAGGUCAGAAGAUGACAUCAAUCAAUCUUCUGCUGCUGCUGCUACUCCGAGCGGACUUCCUGCAAAUGUAGAUGGUGUUGAUGCAACUCCUGAUUCUCUUCUAAUCUCAGGAGGCAAUCCUCUCGCAGAAGCAAGUCAGAAAGAAAAUGAUCUGGCUGAGAAUUCUGUCGAUGAUUUAGCAAAAGAUAAAAAUGAAACUGAGAAUCUAGAGAGUGGCACGGAAAUUCAUCUGGACGCUAACAAUUUAGAGAAAGAGACGAAGAAAGGCUCAAACGAUGACAUCAAUCAAUCUUCUUCUGGCGCUGCUGCUACUGUUAUAACUUCAGGAGAUGUUGUGAAUCAGAUAAAAGAAGUCCCUGCAGAUGUAGAUCCUGUUGAUACUGCUCCUGAAUCUCUUCUAAUCUCAAGAGGAGAAAAUCUUGAUAUUCAUUUUGCAGAAGCAAGUCAGAAAGACACUGAGAUGGUUGAGAAAUCUGUUGAAGAUGUGGGAAGAGACAAUACUGGAACUGAUAAUAUAGCGAGCUGCCCUGAAAAUCAUUUGGACACUAACAGUGGGUUGACAACCAGACCAGAUACAGAGAAGAAAAAAAAGCGAAAGAAGAGAUCAAAAGAUGACAGUAAUGGAGUUCCUUCUGCUUCUGCUGCUAUUACAACAACUUCAAGAGAUAUUGUGAAUGAGAUAAAUGGAGUUCCUGCUACUGUAGAUCCUGUCGAUGCUACUCCUGCAUCUCUUCCUAUGUCAGGAGGCACCGUUGCAGAAUCAAGUCAGAAAGGAAAUGAGAUGGUGGAGAAGAUUGAUGACGAUGUUGGAAGUGGAAAAGCUAUACAAAGUGCUGAAGAUAGCAUCCAGACCAAUAACGUUGAAGUAGAUGUUGCUGAUGGGACUAAGUCUGUGAAGCCUACGAAGAAGAGAAAGUCCAAAAAAGCCAAGACCCUAACUGAAGAAGAUACUCCGGUCGCUUCUGGUACACAGAAUGUUGCAGCUAUCGAAGCUGUAGAUGGAGAAGGGACUGAUAAUGUCAUCAGAAAUGUAUUAGAUUCUUUGCAGGAAAAGAAUGAAACUGAGGGAGAUCUGGACAGAACUGGGAAGAAAUCAAGCAAGAAAGCGAAGAAGAAACACUCUUCUAAAGUUGCGGAGUCCCAAGUCUUGUCAGUUGAAGUAAACAAUGCUGCCCUGGUGGAGACUCCUCCUCUCAUCAACAACCCUAAAGACACUGAUGUCUUAUGCACGCCAACUAAGAAAGAUGCUGAGAGUGAUGCUUCACUGUUGAAAAAGAGUUCUGAGAUUGCUGAAGAUAAUAGCCUUUCCAAGAAAAGUCCAACAGAGAAGGUUGAUAUGGGAGAUAAUUUUGGUUGCAGCCCAAAUCAAGAUCAAGUGGCUGGUGGAGCUAAAUCUAAAAAGAAGGAGAAGAAGAAGGGGCUUGAUCUUCAUCCAAGCGGUUCCAUCGCGGGUUCAUUGAACUCAGUGAAACCGAAAGAGAAAAAAUCUAGAGGUCAACAACAACCAGCUAGCUCAGGUGCUAGUCAUUUGAAGUCAGUGGCUAAGAGUGGACGCAGUGGAUCCGUGAAAACCACUGUCAGCAGCAAGAAACAAGUGGUGAAGAAAAGCUCUAAACCGGUAGCAGUGGACAACAAGAGGAAGACGAAUUUCUUUGAGAAUGCUGAGAAUUGUAAUUCGUCAGAGGAUGAACAUAAUAACAAGACUUGUGAUGAUGUCUCCACCAAAACACCAUCAGAUUAUUCAUCAGAGAAUGAUAGUGAUGUGACUUCUAUGUCCAGGAAGCAGCAAGGAAACAAUCUGUCUGGAGGAGCAAAUAAGUUUGAAGGGAGCCUACAAGAUUUGCUGAGAAGGUCAAGCAGUUACAAGAAGGCUUUAAUCAGAGCUCAGUCACAACCCGAUAUAGAUGAUGACUCUCCGAUAGAUUGCGUCCCAGAUAGCCAAGGCGUCUAAGAGUUAACGACUAAAAAAAACCGAAAGUGAUGCUUUAAAUUUUUCAAAAGAAAAAAGUGACAGUUUUGCCUCUUCCCGACAUUUUAUGUCUGAUGAGAAGAGUUGGUCAUUGUUGCAACACUAUCUAUCUAUGUUUCUGGCUUUCUGUAAAAACACUUACGUUUGUGUUAUUGGUUCCGUUUGUGUUAUCCAUCUAUCAUCUAUUUUUUUCGCCA